AUGGUUCAGAACAUGUUUCGGAAUGGUUUCCUGGUUCGGGCGACCCACACUCUGCUAACCUGGGUUACAACCCUGACUCUGUUCCUGCACAACACAGGUGAGUCCGGUUUCUGUGAACUGUGACAGAUUCCAGAUUUAAAGCUGCUGAGGUUAUCUCUGACACCAGGUGACCGGAAGAUGUGAGUUCACCUGUCAGCAGCAGGCAGGUAAACAGGAGAGUACUCACAGACUGGUUUGAUCAGGGCCUCUUAUAUAACUCUGUUGGUUCUGACAUGCAGAGCACCCUGAUUUACAUUUGUAUGUCUGACUUUUAUUACAAAUUUUUUUAAACACAGACAGAAGUAAUGUAAAGUUUAUUUUCAUUAAACAUCGCCCUGAAAACCUGAAACCCUAUCUGCUCUUGCUCUGGGUAUGUCAUCUAUGUGCUGUCUAUUUGAAUGUACUUUCAUAUAAACCUCUUAGAUUUGAUCUGGUCAGGUUAGUACAAUUUCCCUCACUGGGAAUGAAGGAUUUAACUCACUGCGUCAUUUCAUGACUCCUCACAGAGGUUUUAUUGACAUAAAUUCUAAAUUACUACCUUUUGAUUUGUGGACUGAAAACAGGACGGGCAGUCCCUCUCCUCUGAAGAGCAGAAGAUGCAGAGUCCCAGGUUCCCAAAAUGAAUGUCAGACAUUUUUAUGAGACUGUUAGGUUUAAUCAAUUUGUGUGUGUGUGUGUGUGUGUGUGUGUGUGUGUGUGUGUGUGUGUGUGUGUGUGUGUGUAGAUCUGCGAAAAUGUGAGGAGAAAGGAGAGCUGUUGCUGCCGAUCCUGUUCUUUCUGGUGGUUGUGAUGUCAGUGCUUUUAUACUUUGCUGUUUCCUUAAUGGACCCUGGCUUUGUGCUCUCUGACACCAUGAAGGUGAGACUGAAUUUCAGGAGGAAACACUCUCAUCCUAAAAGCAGCUCAUGCACAGCACUGUGACACAUAUAUACAAUGACUUUCCCAUCCAGUCCUGAAGUUGAAGUUACCCCAGACUGUGUAUGUGUGACCUUCAACACUCUAUUGUGCACAAUGUUCAGGGUUCAAAUGAGGAGGUGGAGUCGAUGAUUCCUCAGUCUACAACCCCUCGUCUGAGGCGCUGUGGAUACUGCCUGCUGCAGGUAAACUGCUGUUCCAACUUAGAUUCAACCUCUGCUCUGUUUAGUCUGUGUUUGUACAUUUCCAAACCUGUCUGACUCACAGGUGUGUUUAAGAUUUCAACUCACUCUUCUCAUGGUUCCUGUAUUUCACAGCUUCAGAAUGAAUAACAUUUUUGUUUAAUUAACAAUCAGGAGUGUUCAUUGUGGAGGAACAUCCUGUUGCUCUCCUCAGUGAUGACUCAGAGCUGAGCAAUGAGAACAAUUCUGGCUCCAAAAACGUUCGCGAUCUGCUUCAGAUCUUUUCAAGUUUUGGCUCACCCCUGACGCUCUACCCAACAUUUUCAUUUCGUACACAUGAUACUUAUUGAAUCACCCAUCUCUUUGUUGAAGGCACUUGUUCUACUUUCCAAUGAAUUUGUUUGCUGCCACAAUUCUUUUUCAUUCUGGAUGACUUUAUCUGCAUUUAUAUUAAAUGUGCCACAUUAAAGAGUUAGUCUCGGCUCUGCAGACAUUCACAUACUAGUAAUGUUGGUGCUGAGGGCUUCAGAUAUUUUUCCAAGGCACAGAAAAUUAAAAAAAUAAAAUAUUGCAGGUAAAAUCUCUGAAAUUAAAUCCUCAGCCACUAGAUAAGACUGAAGGACAAACACAGUCUGCAGAAACUCUUGCACACUGCCUCUCUCUCCAGCAGAAGCAUCCUGAAACACUAAAUUUGGACCUUUGGGGGUAAAACAAAAAACAAAAAAACAUUUUUUUAGCAGGAAUCUCAUAGUGAACGUGGACUGAAUUUGCCAUAUUUAAAGCCAAGUGUCUCCUGAUAAAACAACAUGAAUUUCUUUUUCCCAAUGCUGUCUCAUUUUAUGAUAUUCCUUUUCAUCAGGACGGAUCCUUGGUAUAUUUUUCUGAUAAUGCCUUUUGUAUCUUUUGAAUUAUAACCAACUAUGAGUCUUUGUGUCAGAUUUGAAGGUCCAGCAGAUUCUGAACCCCUUUUUGAUAUAUUUUUUUCUGUCUUACGAUAGAAAUGGUGGAUUUGUAAAUACCUUUUAAAAAUCGUCUUUGGCCAGCUCUUGAGACUGCCAUCAGCUCUUGAAAUUUGUAUUAUUUCAGUUUUUAAUGAUUUGACGAAAGGCUGUGGUGGCCAGCUUGGUCCAGUGUUUAAACUUUGUCUUUUAUUUAGUUUGUGUGUAAGAUGGAUCAUCUCAAAGAUGUGUGCAGGUCUUUUUUUUUAUCUCUCUCCUCUUCUCUUUCUGAGCAGCAGCCAAUGAGAGCAAAGCACUGCCAGACAUGUAACCACUGCGUCCGGCGCUUCGACCACCAUUGUCCGUGGAUCGAGAACUGUGUGGGAGAGAGGAACCACCGCUGGUUCAUUGUCUAGCUGCUGGUGCAGCUGUUCGCUCUGCUGUGGGCUCUUCACAUCGCUCUGUACGUCUAUGACACACACACUCUAACGUACACUCAAACACACUAACCCUCUGUCUGCGGCCUCAGAGAUAACCCUCAGGGUCUGCUCAAAGACUUCAGCUGAUCAUGAGUCAGAGAAAAGUCUGUGCAAAACAUUUGGCUGAUUUAAGUCAUUUAAAGGAGGUUUUUAGUGGUGACCAGUAAACUAACAGGCUAAUCUGUGUUUCUUUUAGUAAAGGGGGGCUUGAAUGUGUUGCUCAAGUGCAGCUUUAAAGUUCAAGUGACCUUUGGUGCUGAAAUCAAUCCUGCAGCUCUUAAAUCAAAGCACUUGAACUUACAUAAAGCUCAUAGAGUGUGGGUUUAAUUGUGCUCACAGCUUUAAGAGGCAGAGAUGUCCAAACAGGUCAGAUUACUUUUGGUGCAAUACACUGAGAAGUAAAAAAAAAAAUAAACAAACAACAAAUUAAUACAGCGGAGUAAAUAAACUUUGGGGUGUAAUAUAGAUUAUUGCAGCUUAUUAAUGUUAAUAAAGAAGAAAAAAACAACAGAAAUGCUUUACCAUUUUUCCAGAUAGAUCAAAUAUUUACAAGACGGAUGAAACAAUAAAGCUGAUUAUAUAAAUACAACAACAACAUUGAAAUACUCGAUUAUGUCUACUAAUCUUGUUUCAGAUCUCCCAGUUGAGUAAGAGUUCAGUCAUACUGGAUAAACUGGCAGCAUGCUUACUCACCCAGGCCUGUGAUUUAUAUAUAUAUGAUUAUAUAUGACAUAAUAUUUAUUUUUAAAUUUGUAUUAUUAGUAGUUUAGUAGCUGUUAAAGCUGCAACAGGUAGAGCUACCUUUAUUCUCCUUACAGACAGUAAAGCAGGCUGGUUUCAUGGGUCCUCAUUUGGGACCCAGGCCCUUUUAAAUCACUAAAUUAAUGCAGGAUUAGAAAACACAAAGGUCAGAAUGAAAGCCAGAGGAGUCCCUGAAAUAAAACUGUUAUUGUUUUGUUGAGAAAGACUGAUGUGAUUUCACAAGUUUCAGACUUCUGCUUAAGGGUGCGUCAUAAACCCUGCAGGUUUUAUCUUGUCUGAAAACCUUUGCUCUGAAUGUGACCUAAACAGAUACAGUCACUGAUGUAAGAGAUAAAAAGAAAAAAGCCAAAACUUUCUUCAGACGUUGAAGUGGGAGUUUCAUGAUAACAAUAAGGCUGACAACAUUAAUCUGAAAAAUGAGUUAAUCAGAAACAGGGCCUCUCAGAUACUUUUAUUUUGAAUAUUAGAUCUCAUAUCAAUCCAGUGUGAUUGAUCCUUUUCUGCCAAGGAACUCUGACCGUUUCCCUGAGUUUAAAAGUCUAUUUUGGACCUUAGCACAUGACCAGACACACACUGCCCCCUGCUGGUUUGCUGUCAGAUUGAACGUGCUGCAAAGAAUCUGCAGUUUGAGCUUGUGCAAACCAUUUUAUCGUCUCAGAAUUUUUUUUAAAAAUUCAGCCUUUUUUAACUUUUAGAGACACAGAAACAGCUUUACUUGCUUUCAUUUCAGUGCACUGGGAUAUUAAAGUGGCCUUUUUACCUGCAUAAAUCAAGACAGAUUGCACUGAUUUCAGUUACCAGGCUUUUGACCAGGACCACAAAAUCAUCCUGGAUCUUCUUAUUUUUCAAUUCAAGUAGAUUUAAGAUUUUACACGACUUUUAAGGCUCUUCACAGACUUCUUUUAUCUCAAACCUUUCAAGUACCUUUAAGCCAGCGUGAAGCCUCAAAGCUGAGGUCCUCCGUGUGUAAACACUGAAAUGAAAAUGAAAGGAGAUUAAGUGUUCACUGUGAGGGAUCUAAACUCAGGACAGAUCAGUUCAGCAGAGUCUCUCUUGGGUCUCAGACUAUAAUCAGCGAUCCUGUCUGGGUUUUACCUUAAUUUGAACUUUUCUUGUCCAUGUACUUUUCUGUAUCCUGGAUCUAAUGCUGUUGUACAUUUUUCAGGUCUGGUAUCUCACCCAAUGUCUCAUGGGAGCUGUGGUUCAAAACGAACGGCUUCCUGCUGGCGGCACUGGGCGUGGUCAGCGUUUUCUCCGUGGUGGUGGUGCUCCUGCUGGGCUGCCACCUCUACCUGGUCUCCAUCAACUGCACCACAUGGGAGUUCAUGUCCCGUCACAGGAUCUCGUACCUGAAGAACUGCGGGGACGAGGAAAACCCUUUCGACCGGGGCAUCUUCUGCAACCUGUGGGACUUUUUCUGCAUCUGCAGGACAGUGAUGUGGGAGAAAAUGUACCUGAGGAACAACCAGAACCCUGCCUGAUUUCCAACCAGACAAGACCUCAUCCUCCGAAAUCAGGCCGUACUUUCAAAAGACGAAAGACUGAUGCUCUAGAGAGUUCAUAUUUGUCUUUUGGUGGUGCUGCAGAACUCCGGCCAAAAAAUGUCCGCAAAAAUGCUGCAACUAAUCUGCAUCCAGGUAACAGCCGACUGAUGUGUUAA